CGAUGGCGCCGUCGACGUCGCUUCUCUGCUGCUGCUGCUGCUGCUGCCUCCUGCUGCCGCACUUGCUGCCCGCCGGCGCCGCGCCGGGGGCCGCCGUGGAGGUGGACGUGAGGGGCGGCGCGGUCCUGGCGGCGGCGCGCUUCGCCUUGGCCCAGGCCUUCGAGCGGGGCGAUGGCGGAGGCGGAGCGGGGGGCUUCUGGGCGCUGCGCACAGCCAAGACCCAGGUGGUGAACGGGAUCAAAUACUACCUGGACGUCACCCUGCUGUCGAGCCAGUGCAAUGGGAACCACGCACCAGGCCGAGAUACUUCCAAUUAUGCCGCUGCAGGCGAGCCAAAGCAGAUGUCCUGUCAUUUUGAGGUCUGGAGUCAGCCCUGGGCAAGCAAGAAGACACUGGUUAAGCAAGAGUGUCACCCUUCUGAGCCAUCUGAGGUAGUCCAGGCAGCAAAACUAGGCAAGUGGGAGGUGUUUCAUCCCAAGGCAUCUGCUAUGGAAGUUGAGGAGUCAUUGCAGGGGGAGAGGUUUCUGCAGAAUACCUCCAUCCAUCUGGUUUCCCUCUUCAAGGAUUUUCUGAAUACCUACCAGAAGAGCUACAAGGACAAAAUAGAAACGGAGAGGCGCUUCCGAAUAUUUGCUGAGAAUCUGCAGAAGGCCCGGAUGGUUCAGGAAUUGGAUCAGGGUACAGCAGAAUAUGGAGUCACCAAAUUCAGUGACCUGACAGAGGAGGAGUUCCGCUCUACAUAUUUGAACCCACUGCUGUCCACACUGCCUGGCCGGCCUAUGAAGCUAGCCACCAUCCCCAGGGACACAGCCCCUGACGAAUGGGACUGGCGAGACCACGGGGCUGUCACAGCUGUCAAGAACCAGGGCGACUGUGGCUCUUGCUGGGCCUUCUCGGUAACAGGCAACGUGGAAGGCCAGUGGUUCCUACACAAGGGCUCCUUGGUCUCCCUCUCUGAGCAAGAGCUGCUGGACUGUGACGCCGUCGACAAAGCCUGCAGAGGAGGGCUGCCGUCCACUGCAUACGAGGCCAUUGAGGGGUUAGGUGGCCUAGAGACCGAGCGUGAUUACCACUACGAGGGCUUUGAGCAGAAGUGCGGGUUCUCCAAGGAUAAGGUGGCCGUUUACAUCAAUAGCUCUGUGGAGAUCUCCCGGGAUGAGAAAGAGAUUGCUGCCUGGCUGGCAAAGAAUGGCCCGAUCUCCAUUGCUCUGAACGCCUUUGCCAUGCAGUUCUACAGAAAGGGAGUCUCCCACCCCUUCUUCCUGUUCUGCAAUCCCUGGAUGAUUGACCACGCAGUACUCCUGGUGGGCUAUGGCACAAGUGGGCAUACUCCAUUCUGGGCUAUCAAGAACAGUUGGGGCGAGGACUGGGGGGAGAAGGGCUAUUACUACCUGUACCGCGGCAGCCGAGCCUGUGGCAUGAACACGAUGUGCAGCUCCGCCGUGGUGGAUUAGGCGCUGGGGGACCCUCUGCUGCCUCUCUGUCUGAAUCACCGCCCUGCUGGCUGCCCCUCUAGCACUGAGACCAGGACCGGGGCAUCUUCCUUAGACAUGAUCCUGACCCAGUUAGCCAGACACCUUUUCUGCUCACUGUCUUCCCAAAUAGCCCUGGUUAGGCAUCUCAUGCCUGUUGGGGAAGGCCCAGCCUCCUGGCUGUUACUGACUGCCUGGGAGCCCUUUGUCUUAGGGUAGAUCCAUUCACUAGUCCCCUUUCCAGCUGGAGCAGGUUCCUUUGGGAGGCUUUGUGUGAGGGACAGGCCUCUUGGUGUAGAGGGGAUGGCGAACCACGAUCUCCAUCCAUGAUGCAGUGAAAGGGACGUGCUCCUCUGGAACAGCCAGGCCUUUGGCUGCUCUGUGCUCUGAACCUCUUUGGUUUUAAUUUUUAAUUUUUUUUUUUUAAAAAAGGUCAUUGCUGAGCUACUUAGAAUCAUAGAAUAGAGUUUGAAGGGGCCUCUAAGGCCAUUCCUGCUCAAUGCAGGAAUCCACCUUAAAGCAUUAUUAGAAGGCAAACUGAGAAAUGGAAGGAAAGGGCUUAGUUCAGGGGCCGGCCAUCAGUGGAGCCCCAGAACUCAGGCCUUGGUGCCAUUUCUCAACCACGGGACUCUGGCUAAAUAGGAGGGGUCGUAGGACCUGGGUCAGUUUCCAGUUAAAGGAUCUCAGAAAGCAGGGAUGGGAAUGACCGACCCCCCACCCCCACUCCCGCCAUCUGAGAGCGGCUCCCAGCUUGAGCAGGCAAGGGUGUGCUGGAUGAGCCCAUGGUCUGACUCAGUCUGAGAGCUCCCUGCGUUCGUAUAACUUAACGAAACCUACUCAUACUUCAGAUAGAUCUUCUGAGGAUCUCUUUUACACACUAACUUGAUAGGUCCCUGUUCCUCGUCCUAUGAAUAAGUGUGAGAGUGAAUUUUCCCUUGUUCUUGGAGAAGAGGGAAGAGAAUGUUUGAAAUCACAGCUAUCUCUAACAAGUGCUGCUCUAGGGAAGUCAAAGGCGCUCUCUUUCUCUCUCUCCCCCCCCCCCCCCCGCCCCUGGCCACCUCUUCUUUUGCACUCUUUUCAUCUUCUCCCUUUAGAGCUUGCAGCACUGAUAUACGGAGGCUUCCCUCGUGACUACUACUGGGGGAGGAGGUACUCCCGGUUCCGUUAGGGCAAGCCCUACUCUGCUUCUGGAGGACUUGAUGAAAAGGUCACGGGUAUGUGGAGUUGCAGAAGCUCCUGAGACAGUAUUUCUGUGGCUGGGCUGCUGCUCCAGGCUGUCUUUAUGCUCAGGAAAGUAAUGUUCCCAGUGCUGCUUGGUGUGUGUGUGCACUUUAAUGCCAUGAGGUCCUCCUCCCCACCCGUUCGUUCAUUAAUUUAUUCUGCUUCUGUACCAUGGAAUAUCCAAACCUCUCUGGGUGGUUCACAAAAAUUAAAACUCUAAAAUAUGACGUGAUAAAACACAAUAUAGAGCCUUUAACAAACCAAAUUUUUAAAAUGUGCUCCUGC